AAGAAACUCCACCCUUUUUUCUUGUAUAGGGAAGUGAAAACCGGCAUAUAACAUAACAACUAAAUGAAAGAAGGAAGUAUUGUAGAUGCUUAGACAAAAUGAUCCCUAUGACAAGCACAAGGAGGAGGAGGAUUGCACUGGUGGGAAAAACUGGAUCAGGAAAAAGCAGCCUGGCCAACACAAUAUUUGGUGAGAGGAUUUUUAUAGAAAACAAUACUCCAAACUCUGGGACAGAUGUAUGUCAGUCUGAAACCAGGAAUGUCAGUGGACAUGAUAUCCAGCUCGUGGACACUCCAGGUCUUUUUGACACAAACCCAGAAGACACCAGUUUGAGCUCUGAGUUUGUGAAAUGCAUCACAGAGUGUGCCCCUGGACCCCACGCCUUCCUGCUUGUGCUGAAGAUAGAGAAGUACACAGUACUUGAGAUAGCUGUUGUAAAAAUGAUACUCAAGUAUUUCACUGAAGAGGCUCUGAAGUACACCACAGUGGUGUUCACUCGAGGAGAUGACCUCCCAGAGCGGAUGAGGAUUGAGGAGUGGGUGAGUCUGAACCAGUCCCUGAAUGACUUGGUGCAGAAAUGUGGAGGUCGCUGCCAUGUCAUUGAUAAUAAAUACUGGAAGAACAGUGAAGAUGAAUACAGAAACAACCAGUACCAGGUCAGAGAGCUGCUCCAGACCAUCGACCAAACUGUAGCUGACAAUGGAGGAAGGUACUACACCAAUGAUGUGCUGAAGAAAACUGGUGAACAAAUAGAGCAAGAGAUGGCACGCCUCCGAGCAACUUUAUCAGGAGACAUGUCAGACGAGUACAUUCACAAAAUAGCCAAAGAGAAUAUCUUCAAAAAACUUUGGUCCCGUUUGAAAGGCAAUCCAGUAGGAAUAGUUGUAGGAGCUUUACUUGGUGUGGGGGUGCUGGUUCCACUUGUAGUGUUUGCUCUUCCAUGUGCAGUGUCUGGGGCAGUGAUUGGUGCAGUCAGUAUGGCUGCAGGAGCUGCAGCAGGGGGAGAAAUACAACAUGCUGUAAAAAAGAAGAUAAGACAAUAUUAUGCAAAUGCAGCACAAGCUGUGACAGAGCAACAAGAAAUAGAUGAAGGGGGAGAGCAAGGAGAACAGGGAGAGCAGGUCCUUCCACCAGAGCUGGAAACAAUACGGAGACAAGCUGAAGAGAAAAUGAAUGAGUGGCAUCUUAUGUACCAAGGAUACAAAAAGCUUCAAUGAUGUCUGCAAUUGGAAAAAAAACUGGAAAAAAUAUAUUAUUUAUAGAAUCUCUCUAUUAUGACAAUA